GUGCCGCUGGAGAGGUGGCUUGGAAAGAAGCCUCCAGUGGACAUGCUUCGAGUGUUCGGAUGCAUGGCAGUGGCGCAUGUCCCUAAACCGUACAGGACAAAGCUUGGAGCAUCUGCACUUUGGUGUGUGCACCUUGGGCUCGCGGCAGAGAGCAAGGGGUGGCUACUCUGGGAGCCCUCAAAGAAUGUGCUCAGCAGCAAGAGGCUUCCAAAACACCAAGUCUGCCAAAGCGAAGGAAACAGAUUGGUGGGGGACAAAGGAUUGGGUGAAGGUGAAAGAAUGGGUAAAUCCAACCAUCUACCCUGCACGUACCAGCAUGGCAACGAGAAAGCUGUUGAGCUCCACAAGUGGAGGAGCCACAACUGAGCAGCAGGAACAGGCUCAAGGCGAAGAUGCAGUGCUGUUCUUGGGUGAUGACCAAGAGUCAGAUGACGAGGAGCCUGCAUACUGCUUUUACGCACCAAUACAACCUCCGAGCAUGGAUCAUGCGCUAGCCGGGCCUCAACGGGGGGAAGUGGCUCGUUUCAAGAGAUGCAGAGUACAACAGCCAGAUGGAGAAUCACACAUGGGACCUGGUGUACUUGCCAAAUGGGGAAGAAGGCAAUACAGUGCAAGUGGCUGGCAAAAAAUCAAGACGGAUGAGAAAGGAGAGCCAUCAGUUUACAAGAGCAGGCUGGUGGCAAAGGGGUUUCAGCAGAAAGAGAAGGAAGAUUACAAAGAAGUGUUUGCCCCAACUGCUAAGUCUCCAACGCUACGUGUGCUGCUGGCGGUAGCUGCUGUGCGCAAAUGGAAGGUGAAGCAGAUGGACAUCGUAACCGCUUUUCUGUACGGCAUUGUGGAGAGGAGCAGCAGUGACAAGGAGAUCGAUGGGGUGCAGCGGAAGCUCACAGAGCAGUUCAAGUGCAAGUCACUUGGACAGGCAAGGCAGCUGAAGGAGAAGGAGUUGAGAGUGAAGACCAGAGGCAAUUCCAAUCCAUGGUCGGGAGCCUACUCUACGCUGCUGUGCAUACUCGGCCUGACAUCAGCUUUGCUGUGGGACAGCUGGCUCGAGUAGUGCAAAAUCCAACAGAAGAGCAGUGUGGUGCAGCGGAGAGAGUGGUGCGCUACCUCAAGUCAUACCCUACAGUGGGAGUACAGUAUUCAGCCUCUGCUCAACUCAGUCAAAAAGGAAUUGAAGUCGUCAAAGAGAAGGGGGAGCAGCUCGGAGAAGGAAAGGUGUUCCUUUCCUGUUUUGCUGAUGCCACGUGGGCUUCUGAGCAUGAGGAUUCAUCAUCAGUUGGUGGAUACAUCUGCAUGGUGGGAGGUGGGCCU